CCAUGCGGCCACAGUAACUAUUCCCUCACCGCAACGCCAACAUCAAACAAAAUGUACCAAAAAGUGUUACUUCUAUCACUAUUCCUAACUCUAAGUUCAGCCAUCAAAGAUGAUCUUGGAUUUCGGUAUAUAAGCAAAGUUUACGAAGACUGCCAGAAUUCCAAUGGAUUUGUACCGUGUUUGAAGAAGAAGGCUAUAUUGUUUUUUGAUCGAGCAGCAAGGAUGGAUGUGAUACCUCUAGUUGCUGGUGUGGAUGUAGUAAAAACGACGAAUAUGGAAAUGCCUACUAUAAACGAGAAUGAUAUAGAGGCAGUGUUACCGAGGAAUUUGGGGAAAGAUGAAGCUUUGACGGAGAUGCUUUGGGAUCGGAUUGCAGCGUUCGCGAAUUCGAGGACAGUGCAGCUGUCUUUACCGAAGAUAUCUGGACAGGAUCUGAAUAAAGGCGUUGAAGAAGGUCGAGGGAAGAUGAAGAAGAUGAUGGGGAUGAUGAUGAUGGGAGGCGCCAUGAAGAUGGCAGCCAUGAUCCCGCUGGCGAUAGCUGGCCUGUUCGUGUUGGCGGGGAAGGCGUUGAUCGUGUCAAAGAUCGCUCUCCUCCUAUCAGGGAUCAUGCUCCUCAAGAAGUUGAUGUCAGCGAAGAGUGGUGGCGGCGGCGGCGGCGGCCAUGACAGUCACGGCUGGUCCUCUGGUGGAAGCAGUGGGGGGUGGGAUAGACGCGCGUAUGAUGAGCUGCCUUACUCCGCGUAUAAGAGGGAGUAAGACUCCUUUUUGGAAGGAAAUUUGGGAGUAGGUUCUGGAUGGUAUGAUGUGGGUAUUGGAUAAUUUAGUCUUGUAAUUUCUCCUUGUUAUGUUGUGGUCACCAAUGGAGCCUUUGUGUCAGUUUUCACAAAUCUGACGGCCUUAGGAGCUACGGGGAACGUUGCCAAACACUGACCACCAGAAUCCAGAGGAGUAAAUUUUUUUUUUUUUUUUGACACUUCAAAAUUAUUUCUUGGUAUUUUUUCUGGGAUAAAUGAGUACCUUUUAUACUUAUGCCUAAAAAUAUACCGAUUAUCCCUCUCCUACUCUUUGAAUGAGGAAAAUUCUCUAUCUGAUUGUUACAUGAAUGCAAUAAGGCUUGUACUUAUGUAGAGUAUCUCAACUGCGUAGCUUUCAGGUAAACUAUUCAUUGCAAAUAACUGUAAUUUCAAUAUUGCCCUUUGAUAUUGUAUCCAAUAACCCAUAUCAAGUAAACCUAUAUCGUAAUUUUACGUCCAAAUAUUAGACAACAAUUUAAUUUAUUUUAAUGUACUUAUAGAUAAUCUUUUAACAUACGGGACACUUGUUUUUUUCUAAAAUUAUUUAUUUGUGCUUAUAAUAAAUAAAUAAAUAUUCGAUAUAUUUUUGUAAGCCCACCAUUAAAAAAACAAGUGCCUUGUCUUUUAUUAUUGUACUUUAAAUAAAUUAUUAUUUUAUUUAUUAAAUAGAAUUUUAAAUAAAAAGGUGCUCUUGUAUAAUAAUAAUCGUUUUCAAAAAACGAUUUUUGGUACUUUUUAUUAAAAGGUUUAUUUAUUUUUAGUUUUUAAGUAACGACUGUUUUAUUUAAUUUAUUUAUUGCUAAUUAUUUGUGCCUGAAUACUCAAUAAAA